AUGUAUAAUGGCAAGCAAACUAUACACGAAAUCUCUGAUAAUAAUUUACAAAAACCAAAUAUUUAUAAUCAAUAUUUGCCAUAUUAUGAAUCAAUUAAACAGCAAAGUUUAGAAUCAUUUGACGAAAUCUGUGAAAAUCUUUCACGUCUUAUUCAAUUACAAGAAUUACAACCUGGUUUUCCACUUUGGUCAUCAAAAUUACAACAAUUUAUUUCACUUUAUGGUUUUUCUUUCACAAAAAUCAAUCAUAUAAAAUUAAUUGAAUUCUAUUUAUCGAUUCUUUCAAUUAAAAAUUUAAAUUAUGUCAAUACAAAAAUAUGUUUUGAUAUGUUAACUCAACUUACACGUAAAACACGUCUGAUUACAAGAAAUGAUCUAAUUAUUGAUUGGCGAAUACUUUAUGUAUGGGGAAAACUUGUUCUUUUCAAUCAUGAUGAAUCUUAUUCACUUGUUUCUAUGCCCAAACAAAUUGUAAAUUCAUUCUUAUUUUGUGUACGUAGUUGUCGUCCUUAUUUUUCAGUAACAGCUACUCAAGAAAUUCUGGAUGAAUUUCGACCAUGUUUAUGUCCAUUUGAUACAGUUUGUGGUGAUGUUAUGAGUUAUUGGGAUAUGUUUUUACCUGUUCAUUUACCACCAGAGUUACAUCAUCAAGGAUUUAAAUUGUGGUUAUCAGAAUUUUUGGAUAUUUGGGAAACUGUUUGUAAUAAUCCAGAAUGGGAACAAAGUUUAAUUAGUUUAUUUUCGUUUGUUGCUUGGUGCAAUAUUGGAUAUAUUGAUUGGGAACCGUGGCUUGCACGUAUUUUUACAAGAAUAUUAAAAAAUCUUUCACUUCCAGUUGGUAAUGUAGAAUUAACAAAAGAAACACAAAAUUAUUCUAUACCAGUUGUUGCUACAUGGAUUGUUGCUAUGAUGGGAAAUCAUAGUUCGUGUAUUCAAUAUUUACGAGAUUUAUUAACUGCAAUAAAAAUUUUUUAUCAUCCUUCAAAUACAGGAGAAUUUCAGAUAGAACUUGUUAGUUUUCUUUCAAUGCUUGCACAAACCUUUGUUGAUCGAGUUUAUUUUGAACGUACAACUGAGCCAGUUUGGUACUUUAAUCCACCGAAAUCUCAUCGACUUCGCGACGAAGAUAUUAAUGAUUUUGUUAAUUGCCUUAAAGAAUGUGCAUUUAUAUCUAUAUUUAACAAAAAUCAUCUUGACUUAGCGGCUGAAACAUGUCAAUAUCUUUCUCAACUUCGGCCAGAACUUAUUGUUCCGCCAUUAGUUGAAUUGUUUGUAUUGUUUAAUCUUUUUUUCGCAUUAUUAAUUGUUUCAUUACUCAUUAGACUUUUUUCUUCGAUCGAUAACAUGACUGAACCACAUCGUUUUACAUCAAUAAUUACUUGUCUAACUGGUAUGACUCGUCAAAUUAUUCGGCAAACAUCGAACUUUUCUCAAGGUCAAGCAUUUGUUUUACCAUUAUUAAUAUCUGUUUUACCUGGUAUCGAUACAAAUGAUUUUAAAAAAACUUCAAUUACAUUUCAAUUUCUUAAUGCUAUUUUAAUGCUUAUUACAUGUGUCGAUUGUUCAUCUGCAGUUAAUACAAGAAAUGAUCUUAGCGAAAUUGAAAAAGAAGUUUGUUUAUCAACAGCUAAAUUUGAAGAUUUUAUUAGUGAACUUCUUAAUCGAAUAUUUCAAAUGAUUAAUACAUUAUCAACAGAAAUGUCUGAUGCUUUAAUAAUACCAAUCGAUUCAAAAAUGGAAAAUCAUCAAAUUGGUGUAGAAUUAACAUCAGUAAUUUCAUGCAUUGUUCAACAAUGUAGUAAACAAAUUUUUCAUAUGGUUCGAGAAAAGAUAAUAAAUUAUCUUGCAACAUAUUCUUUUUCUCUUAAAACAAAUAAACUUCUUACGGGUCUUAUUCAAGCUAUUUUAAAAAGUAAUCCAGUUGAAACAUUAAAAUAUCUUUUACUACAAACAUAUGAACGUAUUGAAAAAAUUCUUAACCAAUCAGAUAUGUUCAUUUUAAAUGAUCAUAAAGGUGAUCCUGAAUUAACAUGGUGUUUAAUACUUUUUUCUGAACUUGUUGGUGCUCAUGGUGAUACUUUAAUCAUUUAUAAAUCAAUGAUUUUAUCAAUUUUUCAUCGAUGUAUUCAUAUUAUUCAUAAAGAUUCAUAUAAAGCUAUGGCAAAAGCUGCUAAAAAUUUACUUAAAUCAUUAUCAUAUGUUUAUCCAAUUGAUUAUCGAUUGACAGUUGAAAAUAUUACAGAACCAUUUACUGAUUUUUUACCUAUUCGGGCAUGGGGUCAAUAUGUUGAAUAUGAUAAACUUAAUGUCAAAUUUCAUAUUCCGAAUGAAGAAGAAAUCAAUUUUGCAUGUGAAUUUGUUGAAACAUUUAUGUAUCUUGAACUAAAAAUGUUAAAUGAAAAAUGUACAAAAAUGUCUAAUGAUGAACGAUUACGAUCUCUUACUCUUAUUCAUCAUAUAGCUAUUGGUUGUUUACGUAUGGUUCCACGUAUUGAAAGUAAAGAAGUUCAAAAUCUUGUAUCAUCGAUUGUUCCAUAUGAUUCAAAAAUUCAAGCUCAAUAUUCUCUUUAUGUUAAAGAACCAAAAUUUAAAGAGAAUCUUCGAAUGCAUCUUCUUAUCGAUAUUGGAAAUUUAAUUGAUCAUCUUAUUGCAUAUCAUUCAGACGAUGCAUCGUCGAUUAAAAUAGCUCUUAAAAUUUAUUCUCUUUCAUCAAUGUACUAUGGUACAUUUGAACAAAACAUAAACAAAUUAUGCAAUGAUUUAAAUAUUAUUAAAUAUUUAUAUAAAAAUAAAUUAUGUGGUAUACAACAAUAUCCUCGAAUUAUCAUCAUUCAACGUAUAGCAAUACAAAUUGAAGUAAUCGAUUUUAUAAUAAAACAAAAAGGAAAUAACUUAUGUCGAUUUUUGAUAGUUAUUUUCAUUGAGUAA